AGGACGCGUCCCGGUGUGUCAGUCCCGGUAGCUGAGGAGUGCUGUGAGGAUGGAGAAACCCCAGGAGAAUGGUCUUCAGGUGUGUGGCUUUCCCAGCGCGGAUGGAAGACUGCAGGAUGAGGCUCAGCGCUGGUGGAAUCAUCUUAGGAAAGAUGUCCGACGUGCUGUUACUAAGAUGAAGAAGGCAGACCUCCAGCCCCUGGAUCUCACUCAUGGACUGCAGACCGUGCGCCGUCUCUCCUUCCCCACCCGGCUGAAGUACGUCCAGCAUAUAUCUGCAGAGCAUCGCAUGGUGUCCCUGGACUCUGCUGGAUGCCUCCGCUCUCAUUAUGAAGAUGGUCGUGUGUGCAGUGCCGUAGACUUCAUGUGGCCCGUCUCCGGUCUGCUCUACGCCAGUCAUUCCCAGCAGUACGUAGCAUGGAGCCGCCAAGAGCUGCUGCUGUUUGACAAGUGUUUUGUUCUCCUGUCACAAAGUCCGGUGGAGCAGGAAGUUCUGUGCUGCGUGUAUGAUCCCGUGAGGAACCUCGUGCUCUGCGGUGGAUGUGGCGGGGUGAACGCAUGGACUUUCGGUCACAGCAAGCGGAGCCUGGUGUGGCAGCGGUCGCUGAGUCAGGGGAUGACGGCUGAGGACAAGGUUACCGUUAUUACUACCGGCACAUCUCAUACUACUCACAUGUGUUUCACUGCGUGUGGGACCAGCGUCUGGGAAUAUGAUCUACGUGAUGGAACUCUGCAGAGAGUCAGGAGGCACCUACACGCCGGGACGGUCACUGGUCUCUUAUACGCUGAGGGUCUGAAUUUCCUGCUUUCUGGAUCCAGAGAUGGAACAAUUAAAGUGUGGGAUAGAGAGGCCCAGCUCACAGCGGUGUAUGGUGGACACACAGGUAAGUAUUGCAUAGUACCGAUUUAUAAGACAGUAUGUAAGAUUCUGCAACAUAUCGAGAUCCUGUUUCCAUUCUUCAAAGGUGACUACAUAGGAUGGAAAGACUCCGUCCGCCACAACCUGUCCUCCAGCGACUGCUUCCGGAAGGUGCUGAAGGACCCAGGGAAGCCUCAGGCCAAGGGCAACUUCUGGACGGUAGAUGUCACCCGGAUACCCCUGGAUGCAAUGAAGCUGCAGAACACUGUCAUGGCUCGCAGAGGAUCGGAAAUGUUUGUCCAGGACUUGUCCCCGUUUAUCCUGCAUAACUACAAAUAUGAAGCUGGAGGAUGCAUGUACCAACAGACACCGGGGAGUAACUAUUCUACAGCCAGCUCAUCAUCUCUGGGGGAUGAACCCCAUGCGGACAGCACGGUAGUCAAACUCAACACAUCCUUCAUGAUUGACUCUUUACUGCAUGACCUGCAAGAUGUUGACUUGCCAGAUGCCCCGAAGCCAACAGAGAGCCAGAGAACCUCUCAAACCAUGUCCAUGAACCACAUGUGGAGCCCUUCUCCUCUGCUGCACAGCUCUUCCAACCACCCCACGUUCCAGAGCUCUAGGAGCAGCAGCUUCACAGCUGGUCAGUCAGUGUACUCUUCAUCUAGUGCUAGUCUUUCCACCAUAUCUCCACAGAGCUGCGAUGAGAAUCCCGAGCAAGGCCGAGACAUUCCUGGGACAAAGCGGCCAAGGCCAGGUGAGGAGAGCAGCACCUGCUCUGACUCUGAUGCAGAGAGCUGCUCUCCAUGCGGGCCCCCUGCCAAGGCACCGUUCCUUCCCUCUGACCUACCUACCUCCUACACCAAGUGUGUUCCACCAAAUGUAGUGGCUCCACCCAAUGUUCUUCCUUUCUUCCCUUUUCCCCAUUUUACCUACUAUAACUGUGGCCAUGCGCCUUAUAUGAGCCCUCCUUACUGGGGACUACUGCCACAAGCAGCGAGACCCAAGCAGCCGUGCUCACAGACGCCUCCCCUGGAUCUAGACAACAUGUUGCGGGCUGUGCCCCCCAACAAAAGUGUAUUUGAUGUGUUGACAAGUCACCCUGGAGACCUUGUGCACCCGGCCUUCCUGAGUCAGUGCUUGGCGAGCUCCAGCGCCCCAUGUCCUGCACAGAGCUUGCUGUAAGUGUUCUCCAAGGGCUGACCAUCCUUAUGUGUCUGUCAUGUACCUUGAGGGGAUAUUUUUGUGCCCCCCUACCUCCACCCCCCUAAGCUUUUCCUAACUUCAGGUGUUAAGCACCGAGAACUACCCGUGAUGGCAAAUCCCAGAGCUUCCGGGACGUAUUCCAGACUGACAAUGAGAGAAACUUCCCUCUUUUAGGAAUUUUUAUUUUUCCCUCCAGGGACUAGAAAUGAGAUUUUUGUGCUACUGAUCCCUGACUCCUAGAGACUCCACACUCAGAAGAUCUUCAUCUAGAUGACUCGUCCUAAUAGUUGGCUGAAUUAUCUGGAUUCGGACACUUCUAGAUGUAUUCCAAAGAACAAUCCAUGUAUGUUCCUAAACAUGUUCAUCCCAUGUAUGUGUGCACCAUGCCAUAUCCUGCCCAUCGUUCAGGAUAUCAUUUUACAAAUGAGUCAUUAGAAAUUUAUAUAGACGUUUGGACAGGACAUAACCUCAUGCGAUGGAUGAACGAGGUUCUCAUACACGACUAUAUGAAAAUUUGUCUGUCCCUAAGACAACAAUGAAAUAUUUUGACGCGUGUCCAUGUAGUGUACGACGUGAUAUGACACGUAAUUACCGACUCAGGACAAUAAGUGCAAUUUUACACCUGGUAUUUGCUGCUACCUCAGACCCCCCCCCCCCCCCCCCCCCCCCCCAUAUACUCUUUAUUGGGUGAAUGAAUUUAUAGACCGGAUGAUUUCCCAACUUGCACUUUCUGAUCGCACUUGUGUCUUGUUUUAUAAUAAAACAAAUCCUGGUGAAUCACAGAGGUUGUAGAUGUGUCUGU